UUUUUUUUGCUUCUUGGCUCAAAUCUAUUUCUGGGUAUUAAUGGAGAAGGUGUUAAAUCAUGGUUGAACUGAUGUUUGAUUUCUACUGUGCUGGUUUUGAUUUAUUUGUGCCUGACAACUUGCUGUCAAGAAAGCUGGUUUUAUGGGUUCUUCUGGGUCUGAUUAGGCUCUUGAUGCUAUUUCAAUUUUCAAGCUUGGAUCCAUUCCUCUUUAUAAUUGGACUUCCUACAAUACAUAUGCUCUUGCACUCAAGUUCUCUUGUCUGGAUAUGGUGAUAGUCUUGUAAUCUCCAUUUCAUGCUCUCCACUCUGUUAAUUGUUUAAGCUUAGGGGUAAUAAAAUCAUGAAGUUGAAGGAGAGAAAUAAAGUUGAGGUCUUAAGGCAAGAACAUGAGCCUUGUGGUUCCUGGUAUCCAGGUAUUAUAGUUUUGGUGGAUGGUGAUGACUAUGUCGUAAGGUAUAGAUUCCUCACGGACCAGAAAGGAACGUUGGUUAUGGAGAAGGUGCACAGGGUGGAUGUUAGGCCUCAGCCUCCACAUAAAAUGGGGAAAAGAUGGAAGGUUGGUGAUGUGGUCGAGGUGUUUGAAAUACCAUGUUGGAGGGUCGGGAAGGUGGUAAAGGUGUUGGAGAAAGAUAGAUUUGUUGUAAGAUUGCCCGGAUCCAUCCAUUUCAAAGAAUUUCAUGGGUCUAAUGUCAGAAUUCGACAGGUUUGGGAUAGUAAUACAUGGUCAACUAUUGGGAAGAAGUGGUUGCAGGUCGCUCAAAAUAAAGAGUUUGCAAACGGAGAUACAGGGAGAAAUCGUGAACAUUCAAGUUCCAUUUCCAGGGCUUUGUUACCGGUUAAAGGUGAAGAUUCAUGGUCAGAAAAGAAAAAAGUCUUAAUGGGAGACCUGAGGGAUGCCCGUGUCCAUCUCAAAAUACAGGAUCCAGUAAGAAAAACAAAGAGAAGUUUUGGACCAUCUUCCAGUGACCUGCUUGUUGGAGGAAGAAGCAAGAAAAGAAAAUCAAGGCAAUAUAUGGGAGAGUGUGAUGGUGAUCUAUUUGACGCGGUUGAUAAUAUUUCUUCUGAGACUCUAGGAGUUGAAGAGAAUUUCAGUAAGGGAUUGGUCGCUAUGGAUACUACGAUGGGUAAAGCAACGACCAACGGAUUACAUACUUCAUCUUGGCCUCAUCAGUCGAUGGAUAAUGAUGGCCAAGGUUUUGUUGCUAGCUGUAGUUCUAAUAAUAGUUCUAACGAACGUGAAAAUUCCGAUACGGAGUCAUCCUUUCCAUCGUUGGCCAGCAAGAAGCAAGUGUCCUUGUUAAUUGCAGAUGAACUGGAAUUUGACAUUCAUGAAUUAGAGCUUUGUGCUUACAAGUCAACAAUGCAGGCAUUAUACGCUUCUGGUCCUUUGAGUUGGGAGCAAGAGUCUCUUCUUACGAAUCUUCGCCUCUCUCUUCACAUUUCGGAUGAGGAACAUCUGCUCCAAGUGAGAUUUCUCUUGUCAGCUCAAGCUCUGUAGACUAUAUUUAUUUUCUUUAUCCCUCCACUUGCUUGCUUGUAUCUGUGAUUUGAUUGCCUAUGUAGGCUGACUCAUAACAAAAAUGGAACGGGUGCAGACGCUUCCUGCUUGUUUUCAUUCAACUUCAUGGAAGCUUGGACAGCCCUCCUUAAACAUCGAAGUGCACAUACAUGUAAAUCUUUUUCUUUUUUUUCCCCUUUUGUGGGAAGAAUUGAUCUUUGGUCUUUAAACUCAAUAAGUCCAUGUA